UUGUCUGAGCAGCCUAGAGCAGUGAAAAUCAGUAACCGCCUUCGUCUCUCUCGGCUGUCUUUCUUAGACCGCCGGUAAACUCAGGAGGUAAAAAAUGGCGGCAUCUGUUACCUCUUGCGGUGUUAAUUUUGUCGCCGGAGAUAAAUCGCCGCGGAAUUUUCUGACGCCAUACUCUUCCUGUUCGUCUUCAAAGUCAUCUAAUCUUCAUUUCUGUUCAUCAUCAUUAUCCAACUCCGCCGAGAAAUUAUCAUUUGUUUCUACUAAUUCUUGCAUUUCUCUCCGUUCUUCCUAUCAGCAUACCCUAAUCUGGCCUCAUGUGGUGAAAACUCACAAUCAUGUUCAGGUUGUAGCUGCUGCUGCUAAAGCGGAGCCUUUGAAAAUUAUGAUAUCGGGAGCUCCUGCUUCCGGUAAAGGCACUCAAUGUGAGCUCAUCACUCAAAAAUAUGGUUUGGUGCAUGUUGCUGCUGGAGAUUUGUUGAGAGCAGAAAUUGCUUCUGGCAGUGAAAAUGGGAAGCGUGCGAAGGAAUUCAUGGAGAAAGGACAACUCGUGCCAAAUGAAAUAGUUGUCAUGAUGGUGAAGGAGCGUCUAUUGCAGCCAGAUGCUCAAGAAAAUGGGUGGCUUUUGGAUGGAUAUCCUAGGAGUUUGUCACAAGCUACUGCUUUCAUGGAACUUAACUUGAAGCCUGAUCUCUUUAUUCUCCUAGAAGUCAAUGAAGAUAUGCUUGUUGAGAGGGUUGUUGGGCGUAGGUCAGACCCUGUUACUGGGAAGAUAUACCACUUGAAGUAUUCUCCUCCUGAGACUGAAGAAAUUGCUGCGAGACUUACCCAACGUUUUGAUGAUACGGAAGAAAAGGUGAAAUUGCGAUUGCAAACUCAUCAUCAAAAUGUCGAGGCAGUACUCUCCAUAUAUGAAGACAUUACAUUAAAGGUCAAUGGGAACGUUUCGAAAAACGAAGUGUUUGCACAAAUUGACAAUGCUCUCACAGAAUUACUGGAGGACGGGAAGGCGAUGUCAGAAUCUGUAGCUGCAUAGUUGAGGAAAAAGAAAAUGUAAAAGAUUGCAUAGGAGUUAUCAAUACUCUAUAGUCUAUACAAAGGUGUGUUCCUUCACUUCUGUAAUAACUCUCUACCUGGAAAUCCCCUUGGUCUAUUAUCAAAUUCAUAUUUAGAAACUACCAGUUCCUCGUCCAAAUUUUUUUUAUUACAACCAUCAUUACUCUUUGAAAUGUAAAACGUGGGCAUUUAAUAUUAUAAAGUUAUUCUUUUUUUA